GUCGGUAGCUAGGUGAGACAGGCGGAGCCAGGAAACAAGAAGCCACCUCUCACACAUAAACAAAAGCGUUUUACCAUGCAGUAAGAUAUGCCUGUGGUGGAACAUGACAAAAGAGAUGAGUCAUUUGCUUUCCUUGCUAAUACAAUGGCCCGACACCUGCCUCAUGUUGUGCUUUCAUUGACAGUUCUCCUUCCUACGGCACUCUCACAAAGCCCUGUUCCAGUCCAGUUCAGCACAAAUCCUGUGCUGGUGCAGACUGGUACUAAUGCGGUUUUCACGGUCAUAACAAUACCCCAGGUGUACUCCAUCACAUGGGGUUACCCGGGUGGAGGGACCCCACUGGGGACAUGGAUCGGGGGCGGCGCACAGUUGAACAGUGUAGCCCAGUACCAGGGCAGGGUGAACAUCACCGCGACACAGCUGCGUAUCAGCAGCGCCCAGCUGGGUGACGCUGGGAACUACACGGCGCUGGUGGCCCCCCUGUCCACCACGGGCCUGAUUGGAAACACCGGGUCCGUGCAGCUGUUCGUAUUCGAUGCAGUGAGUGGAGUGAACUUGCUGGUACCCUCGGUUGCUCUUGAGGGAGGCAACGUGUCUUUGAGCUGUAUCUGGACCAAGGGGACCCAGGUCACUGUAAUGUGGGGCAAAGGGGGCACAGCCCUUACCUCCAACUCCAGGAUCACUAUCACCGGGGGUAACCUGGUGAUCUAUCCGGCCAACAGGGCAGAUGCUGGGGUGUACAGCUGCACUGUCUCUAACCCUGUCAGCGCUCAGACUGCCACCAUGACCCUCACUGUUUACUAUGGGCCUGACACCCCCGUGCUGAGCAAGGCCUCGCCGGCAGACUGUGUGGGAGGAGCAGACGCUCUGGUCGGCCAGACGCUUCAGCUCACCUGCUCAUCCAGCUCCCUUCCCCCCGCCACAUUCUCGUGGCAAUACAACAGUGCACAGGUGGCGUCUGGCAGUGUGUUCAGCCUGCAGACCUUUUCCACCAACCAGAGUGGCCAGUACACGUGCGUGGCGAGCAACGCCAUCACAGGCACCACGUCACGGACCGGGAUAAACCUAUCCAUUGUGGGCACAUGUCUCAGUGCAGGGGCAGUGGCAGGCAUUGUGAUUGGCUGCGUGGUCAUUCUGGUCCUAAUCAUCGUAGCCAUUGUACUAUGCGUGUGUUGGAGAAGAAAAAAACGAAGACAGAAUGAAGCGCCAGGGCAAAAGACAACCCCAGAUACCAUACUUAUACCUCCGGCCAGGCGCUCCCACCCACCGCUGUAUGGCUAUCAUAACUACAAUGCCCCGGUCGAUGGCCAUAAUAACACUAACACACUUCAACACAAUGGCCACGCCAACCGCAAUGGGUUCCCCCACAACGACCGACAUCAGAAUCCAGAUUCAUAUCCAGACAACGGCACCGCGCAGGACCAAAACACUUUAACACACGCUCAGAAUGCAAACACGCUUCGAACACACCCACAGAUGACUCAAAGCCACCCAAACAUUCUCAUACAGGCGGGAACGACACAGGUCGGUGUCAAUCUUAACUCGCAGGAAAACAACCGCACGCAGCAACCCACGGUUCAUGUCAAUCUCAAUUCCUACCCGGCCAAUGGUCAAGAACCCAACGAACCGUCGCCAAGAAGCUUGUCCCGUCCUGGAGGUACUUCACGGGUAAACCGCAGCGACUUGGACACUGGUCUUCAAGCCUCUGAUGGCCUUAUUGCUACCGGGUACACACACAGCGCUCCACUUAGCAAUGUUCUGCAUAACGGCAACACACAGACUCACCGGAGUGGCCAGGACAGACAGCCCCGUGGUGCCAGUCACUCCACAAACAGUUCCAGCUCUCCCCACCAACAAAUGCCCCGGAACCGCCUCAGGGAAAUCCCGGCGUACCCCAACAAUUCCCCCAGAGGCCAAACUACAGCAGCGACUCAGGACGGAAGAGCUCAGACCCAGAUAACUCAGGCUGCUCCCCAAAGCCAGACGGGCCCCAGGCAACAAAGUGCGUCACACAGCCACCACAACGCCCAGCCUCAACCAAAAGGACCAGGAGCUCCCCAGGGACCGCUAACCCGGGGCAGCACGCUCGACACUCGAGCUCUUGCUGAUCCAAAUCACUUCCUGCCACAUACACAGGCCGGGAUUCAGCAGGGUAGCGGAGACCCUCUGGGGGAACGGCAGCACACACCAGACCAGAGACAAACUGUAGCACAAUCACAGCCUGUGAAACAGAAAUCCAGUGGCCUCACACAGACUGCCCUGGAAAGGCAUGAGCAGACCACCCCUAACCCCUUCCGAAACCGCAACCACCAGACCCAGGCCGCCCUGCUCAACAGCCAGGCUCAAGGGCCUAACCGCAGGCACAAGCGGCCGCCCUCGCCCCCACCCACCAUCCCUCUGGCUCAGUUCCAGACAAUUCCCAGGGAUCGCACCCAGUACCCCGGCGCCACAAGGCCCACCAAUGUGCCCCGUCACCAGAAUGGGAAUGGGCACCACGUGCAGGCUGGUAAUAUACACAGGCAUGGACAACACACCCACGGGCUCCCCGCCCACCCUCGGCAGCAGACACGCCAAGGAAGGCCAAGACGCUGAGAGAUGUCAACUGACUCUUGCCUACGUUGGCAGAACUGACAGACACACUCACACACACUCACACAAACACCAGCAAGAGAACAACCAAGGAUGAAUGUUUGUGAGCAAUGGAGACCAAGCAAAGCCACGCAGUUGCCUCCGACGACCCUCCUGUGACGUUGCUAUUAUUUAUGGGUUUUCAACACUCCAAACAAUGACUCAGUAGAAAUCCCACACAGAUGUAUUUUUUCUGAAGCACUUCUGUGUCGUAGGAAAGAACAUAGUCACCAAGGAAAGCCUCACACACACACACACACACACCCAAUCAGAAACUCACACCUCACAAACGGACACACACUUACUGCAGUCAACUCCCCCUGCUAGUCAUUGGUGGUUAACAAUGACUCAAUAGAAAUCCCACUCCCAGGCAUGUCGCAAUGAGGGAAAAGGCCUUGUUCUGAGUUAGCCACUCAAUGAUGUGUGUGUUUGGCCUUUCCCAUUCAGCGUGUCCAGAGAGAGAAUAAAACACCACCUCAACAAUAAGGGCUUAAGAUGUUUGCAUUACUCUCUGUGUGUAUUGCUCCAUGUGAAUGGAAUCAGCAGUACAAUAGAAAGAAAGAGGGAGCCUUUUCCGGGUGGAUUCCAGCUGAUUGAACGGACUUGACCCAUGGGAAGUACUGCGUGAAAAUUCUGGGAGCUCCUCGGUGACUCGAUUCAUUUAAUAUUUUUCCCAAAGUAUUUAUUUGGUUCCUAUUUGUUUACAGAUGCUUCUCUUGACGCUGCUCAAUUAACUGGAUCCGCCUCACUGCCUAUGCUUCAGAAGCAACUAACUAUGAAGGAGACCGCACACAAAUGAACAAGCCACUUAUUAAUUAAGGACUUUUGUGCAACAUAAGUGACUGUGAAAAAAAAAUAGCUAUGAGUGGAGGAGGUCAGCAUAAAGAACUGCUGAGCCGCCACUUUUUCCCAGACAAGCCAAGCAAUACAAUUUGCUCAGGGACUAUUAUGCUCUUUUGUGUGGGUGAUAGGCACAUUAAACGUUCCCUAUUUUGGUAUGGAACAUUACAUAUUUCUUUGGAACAAAUUGUGUAUUUAUUGUUGUUGCUUUUUUGUAAUUGAUGUAUAAUAAAAUAUCUGUUAAAUGAGAAAAACAUAAUACAGUGUAAAUUAGGUUUUAAAAUAUUAGGGUAAGCCUAGUCUUGGAUCAGUAAGUACUUUUUUUUUUCUCUACUCUGCCUAAGUUUACCUCCCUUUUUUUCUACUGACAUCAUAAUUGCAUGGUGUCCAAAUUGUGAUUAUGGCCUUGCCUCAGCGCAAUGUCAAAGAUCCAGAUCUGCAUACUGCCAACCUCUACUUCUAAUCCACAGAGGUUUGAGUCCCUAUAUAUUUUCCAUCAUGGAAUCUGCAAGAGCAUGAACAUUAUUGAAAAAGAAUCUGCCAUUUUCAUUUAAUCCAACCUCAACUUUUCUUGAUCACCCACUUUGACAGGAAGGUCAUGUGAGAUUAUGGGCAUGAAAAGUAAUGAAAUUAACUAUGACAAAACACAUGAGAGUACUGACUAAAACUCCACAAAGGGGAUAGGUAACAUCUGGUUCCAAUUACAGAUGGGGCCCCACUCCAAGACUGUGUAGAGCUUGGAACUCGAAGACAUUGGAUGUGAGUGUGUGCGUGUACAGUAUAUGUUUGUGUCAAAAAACACAUGGAUAGACCCAUGGUCAGUACAGACCCUACAAGAGUCCAGUGUAGGAUACACAUUUCUGAUUGGAGGAUGCAUAGACUGUUUAGUGACCUAAUGACCACUGGUUGGUGAAAUGACCAUUGUAUAAAACUCCUCUCUAUUUUGGCAUUAAAAAACUGUUUAUGCUUUGUCCAUUGGAGAACAUGUAAAAAUCUACUUAAGGCAAUAUCUUGUUACUCAUGCUGUUAAAGAUGUU